GAAACGGAAACGCGUCAUACCACAAGCCCCGCCCUCGUCGCUGCAGCGCCAAGUUCAGUUCCCGGUGGAGCGGCCGGUGGUCACCGAGGAGGAUGGUUCAGAUCGUCGUGUCCAGGGACGCCCCGGGGCAGCCGGCCGAGUGGUUACUUAUGGAGCUGCAGGGAGAAAUAGAAGCCCGGAAAGAGGAUGGACUAACCGGGAAAAUGAUGGGCGAUCUGCACUACACCAAGGAGGGGGUUCCUGUUCUUAUCGUUGGACAUCACAUCUUGUACGGAAAAGUGGCACGUCUGGAGAAGCCGUUUGCCGUCCUCAUGAAGAGUAGCAGUCCCUCCUUGGGCGACGCAAUGGACACCGGAGAUGUGACGGAGACAAAGUAUAAUGUGACUGCGCUGAUUAAGAGGAAAAUAAUUUUUAAAACCCGGCCAAAACCCAUCAUCACCAAUGUGCCCAAGAAGGUGUGAGGGGCAGGAGACGGUUCUUGUGGCGGUGGCGGGUUUGGACUUUCACGGAGCAGCACUUGAUCUGGAACAACCUUUCCUUUGGUGGGACCAUAACUGAAUGUAUUUCUUCUGUUAUAUUCUGAUCCCCCUAAAGAAGGCAAGACCCUACGUCAUGUAUCGUGCCCCUGCUAGCUCUGAUCUAGGACACUAGCACUGGCGCCAUAUUUAAAGGGAUCUCAUCAGGGCAGAUGUCCAUUAGCUUAGAGUCUUAUCAGAAGGGGUUGAUUUUUCUUUUACUUAAAGGCAUUAUGCCAAGUUUUUAACAUAUCCCCCCUGUCCAUGUAUUCUGACCACUGGGACCCCUUCAAUGUUGAGAAUUAGAUUCCUUUGUCUUCCUAUAUGAAUGGAGCAGCGGUCGAAUAUGUGUGCUGCCAGCGGUCCCCUAGAGAUGAAUGGAGCGACAGCACACGUGCUCCACCACUGCUCCUUUCUUCCGGGAGGACACAGGACCUCCCCCUUGUGAUCGGUGGGGGGGUCCCAGCCAUCAUUCGCAAAUUGUGUGUAGAUAGUAGAAGUUUAAAACUUGGCACAGCUCCUUUGCUGGAGGUCCAGAAGUGCCCAUGACGGUGCCCUGACUCCUCAGGGUGAAUUCACAGAUGGCAGAUUUGUUGCAGAACGAACAUCCGUUCCAUUCAUCUCAAUGGGGUUGGUUCAGCAGGAGGCACAACGUCUUCUGCAAGCCCCGUUCAGGUGCAGUGGCCGGAAUUUUGCAGAAAAUCUACCGCCUGCAAAUUCCCCCUUAGGGACCAGGAGCGGCGAGACCUCAUUCAUAGCAGCCGCGGCAGGGAGUCUGGCAAGUGCAAGGCCAUUUUGUAGGUGUAUUUUAUUAGGACUUCCACAUCCGAUGGAGCUUCCCUUUAAGAACUUUCAAUGGGAGGACAAGGCAAUGUGGAUUUCCUACAGCCACCCAUGAGAUCUGAGAUCCACCAGGAUCUACUGAGCACCUAAGAAAUGGUACAUCGCCCGUGCACUGAAUAUUCCUGUAAAACCGU